AUGGAGAUAGAGAUAGAGGGAGGGGUAAUUGGGUGCGUUAACGUGCCGGGUGAUAUAUAUAUAUACAUAUACUCCAGCAUGAAGGUAAAGAUAUUAGACUGCAAGAAACAUGAGCACUCGGCGGGGGAGACGCUGGAAUUUCAGCUGGCUGAAGUGGACAACUCAUUUGCCAAUGGUUUGCGCCGGGUGAUGCUUGCGGAGGUUCCAGUGCUAGGGAUUGAGUCGGUAACAAUAAUCCAGAACACGUCUGUUCUUCCCGACGAAAUGAUUGCACAUCGGAUCGGUCUUGUUCCACUCUAUUCCAUGAAGGCAAGGCGGAUGCAGUACGCCCGUGAUUGCCUGUGCGGCGGCAGCGGAUGUGGGGAGUGCCAAAUCAACGGAGAGCUUAAGGUGUCCUGCCCCUCGAACAAGCACAGUCUGCAGGUAUUCAUGGAUUCCCUGAAGAUCGACGAUGAGGAGGUGUACCCGGUGAGCUCUGAGGAGCAUGGCGUAUGGCUGCUCACGCUCGGACGCUCACAGGAGUUGAACCUUCGCGUGGUGAUUCGGAAGAACAUUGCGAAAACGCAUGCCAAAUUUAUGCCGGUGGCAACCGUGGCAAUGCGCUAUGCGUCCGAUAUUGUAUUGAACCCGGACGGUUUCGCAAAACUAGACACAGAACACAGGCGUCAGUGGGUGGAGCGGUGUCCUCGUCAGGUGUUUCGUUACGACGACAGAACAGGUCAAGUGUUGCUUGCGGACCCUGACGCUUGCAUCUUUUGUCGUGAGUGUCUUCUGAAGGAGCCGCCUUUUAAUAAGCUGGCGGAGCCUCUUGUUUUUGUGCGCCACAAGAAGGACAAGCGCGGAUACCAUGACUUCACAUUUACAGUGGAGUCCACGGGUGCGCUGCCGGUGCUGCAGAUCCUUUACGACGCUGUUGAGGUGUUGCGCCGUAAACUUGAGCGGGUGCGGGACGGUCUCACCGAAAACCCCAACGCGGAUGAGAUGGUGCAGACGAGGCCCAUUGGCGGUGCUCCAACGGCGCCCGUGGUGGUGAACGAAGACAUUUUGGAGCGGGAUGGGGCUGAGGAUAAUCUCACGUUUGUGAUGAACUGA